UUCGAAGCGAGCCAGAACAAAAAUCCCCAAUUCCUCCUUCGUCUCCCGAGAAAGGAAGACAGCGAGCGGCGGAGAUGUCUGGGCGCGGCAAGGGCGGCAAGGGGCUCGGCAAGGGCGGCGCCAAGCGCCACCGGAAGGUGCUGCGCGACAACAUCCAGGGCAUCACCAAGCCGGCGAUCCGGCGCCUUGCUCGCCGUGGCGGCGUCAAGCGCAUCUCCGGGCUCAUCUACGAGGAGACCCGCGGCGUGCUCAAGAUCUUCCUCGAGAACGUCAUCCGCGACGCCGUCACCUACACCGAGCACGCCCGCCGCAAGACCGUCACCGCCAUGGACGUUGUCUACGCGCUCAAGCGCCAGGGCCGCACCCUCUACGGCUUCGGCGGCUAGGCUUGCCUCUGUGGGUCUUGUUUAGGGACAGUACCUGUAUCGUGUUGGUGUCAGAUGUUGUGCCUGAUGUAAUGGAAUCCCCUGUUGCGGUGAAGUAAAAAUCCUGUUAUCAUGUUUCAAGAUUUGUCAUGGUUUAUCAAUCUAGUGCCAGCUUAUGCC